GCAAACAGGACCAAACAGUUCCUAACAACGGUGCUAAAUCCAACCGAGAGGAGGUGAAGCGGUGCCCGGUACGUGCUGCUCGGUGAGUGAGCUGGAUGUCCGACACGGGCUGUAGCCUCCUGCGGCGGGACUGAAGAGGAUGGGCCCAGUGUCCCGGUUUAUGAGGAGAUGUCUCUGGGUCGGCUCCUGCGGCGUGCCUCCUCCAAGGCCUCCGACCUCCUGACCUUUAACCCUGGGGCGGGGGGCUCGUCAUUACGCUCAGGCCUGGAUGGGGAGAUCAUCUUCUCCAAAAAUAAUGUUUGCGUACACCCCGCAGAGCCCCUGCCUGGCCUGGCAGAGCACCACCCAGGCUACCUUUGUGUGCACAUGGAGAAGGAUGAGAGCCUGGGCACCACUCUGAUUCUGACUUGGGUGCCCAACUCCCGCAUUCAGCGGCAGGAUGAGGAGGCACUGCGCUACAUCACGCCCGAGAGCUCCCCAGUACGCAGGAACGCACGCCGCCGAGGCAGACGACCUCACUCCCGUCCCCCAGUGGCCCAAGAGGAAGAUGAAGAUGAGGAGAGGAACAUUACCAGUAGUACCUCUGUGGAGAACCACAGCCUUGUGGUGGAAGCUGGAGCAGAUGCCUCCUCGCACCAGCAGCAGCUGCCCUCAGCUGGAGAGGAGGGCGAUGAAGGCUCCUGUGAGCUGUCAGAUGAAGUGAGCCGUGACAGCACCAUGGGAUCGGACUCCGACACUUUCUCCUCUCCCUUCUGCCUGUCCCCCGUCAGCGAGGCCCUCUGUGAGAGCAGUGGCUCUGUCUUCUUGGACAAUGAAAGCAGGGAGCUGUGCGAGGAGUCCAUGACCCACUCUGUAAGCUCCGCCUCCAGCCUGGACGGCCACGCCCCAUCCGAGAGCGGCGGCCAGUCGCAUGGCACGCGGUGGGAGGAGCAGCAGAAGGUGUUGGCUCUGGAGCAGUUAUGCGGAGUUUUCAGGGUGGACCUGGGUCACAUGAGGUCACUGAGACUCUUCUUCAGUGAUGAGGCAUGUACCAGUGGCCAGCUGGUGAUAGCCAGCAGAGAGAGCCAAUAUAAAAUCCUCCACUUCCAUCACGCUGGCCUGGAUAAGCUGGCUGAGGUCUUCCAACAGUGGAAGUGCUGCAGGGAAACUCAGCCUAAAGACCAGGUGUCAGAUGAGAAAUCCUGCAUGCAGUUUUCUAUCCAGAGGCCCACCCUACCAUCAGCUGAGACCCACCCAGAGGAGAGGCUUUAUCGGAGGUUGGAUGUCACCACCUGGCUACGUCACCUCAACCACAGUGGACAGGUGGAGGAGGAGUACAAACUACGCAAGGCCAUCUUCUUUGGUGGUAUUGACCCAUCCAUCCGUGGCGAGGUGUGGCCCUUCCUGCUGCACUACUACAGCUAUGACUCCAGCUCCCAGGAGAGGGAGGCCUGGAGACUGCAAAAACGCACCCACUAUCAAGACAUCCAGCAGAGGAGGUUGUCAAUGAGCCCUGAGGAGCACAGUGAGUUCUGGAGAAAGGUCCAGUUCACAGUGGAUAAAGACGUGGUGAGAACGGACCGUAGCAACCACUUCUUCAGAGGAGAAAAUAACCCCAAUGUAGAGAUCAUGAGGCGAAUUCUGCUCAACUAUGCAGUGUUUAAUCCUGACAUGGGCUACUGCCAGGGCAUGUCUGACCUGGUGGCCCCCCUGCUCACUGAGAUCCAGGAUGAAAGUGACACCUUCUGGUGCUUUGUCGGCCUUAUGGAGAACACCAUCUUCAUUAGCUCACCACGGGAUGAAGACAUGGAGAGGCAGCUGAUGUACCUGCGGGAGCUGCUGCGUCUCAUGCUGCCCCACUUCCACCAGCACCUGACCAGGCUGGGGGAGGACGGCCUUCAGCUACUCUUCUGCCACCGCUGGAUCCUGCUCUGCUUCAAAAGGGAGUUCCCCGACACUGAGGCUCUGCGCAUGUGGGAGGCAUGCUGGGCACACUAUCAGACGGACUACUUCCACCUGUUCCUGUGUGUGGCCAUCAUCGUUCUGUAUGGGGAAGAUGUGACAGACCAGCAACUCGCCACUGACCAAAUGUUGCUCCAUUUCAGCAACCUCUCCAUGCAUAUGAAUGGAGAACUGGUGCUACGCAAGGCCCGCAGCCUUCUCUACCAGUUUCGCCUCCUACCCAGGAUCCCAUGCAGCCUACAUGACCUCUGUAAACUGUGUGGCCCCGGGAUGUGGGACAGCCGCUACAUCCCCACUGUGGAGUGUUCUGGUGAACACCCGGACUCACAGAGCUGCCCCUAUGGAGGCACCUCCACCCCACAGCCCUCCUCGCUGUCCCCUUCAUCCACACCCUCGCCCUCCCCAAACCCUACGCCCGAGCCUCCACCGGAGGGCAAGAGAGGCGCCAAAACCCGGGAUAUUUUCACCUUCCGGAAACAGUCCUGAGUUGGAGGUUGUGGAGAGCUUUUGCUGGUCUUGGCUCCUGUUAAUUCAGCAAGGUUUGGAUCCAUGAGCUCGAUUCCUGAACUAUUUGCUGCACUUCUCCCUGCUUCUAGUUUGCAGUCACUAUCUUACUGAGGAUUUUAUGUCCCUUGAUCCUUUCAUGUGGUGCAAUAUGGAAUACUGCCUUACCAGAAUGUUAUUCGCGACGUUCAGUAUCACAUGAAUCUGCGAUAAGGACGGUUUGCCGCUGGACGGGCUGGAGGUCAAGAAGCUGCUUUCCCUUUGAAGCAGAAUGGACAAUCACCAGCCACUAUAUUGGUUCUAGUCUGCUGCUGGCUUGGCAUACUUCCAUGGGCUUUGUGGGCAGGGGUCACAUCAGGGUCUGAGCCAACGGGCCUGAAUUCGUGAAGACUCUGACCAAAGGGUUAAAUGAAACUGGGAAUUCAUUCACAGGACUUGAACUUGAACUUUUAAAUAUGUUCCUGUGCUCUCACAAUGGCAUAUUUGUGUGAAUAUCAAAUUAUAUGUGCAUAUCUUAUGUCUGAGCAGACAUUUUUAAAAUUAAAUCCAAACCCUUGGCGUUAACAAAGAAGGGUUCAACCUACACAUAGGAAUAUAAUAAAUUACUGGUACUUUUUAAGUUGGUUUAAUUUCCUUUUCAAAGAAGUGAAUGUUUGCGUUUGUAUGAGCAGUUACAAAUAUUUAGCAAUAUUAUAUCCUUGCAUGUGCGGUUCGUUACAUAUAGAGGGCACAACUUUGUUUCUUGGAAAACACUUCAGGCCCAAAACAGAAGUAAGAAUGUGUUUACAUAGGGCUCUGCAUAUUUCUGCAUCAGAUUGUGGUGAGGAACAUUCUCAUAAUUUCUUUCAAAUUGUGUUUGACGAGGCGAAGGAGGAAGCAAGCUCUAUGUUUCCUUCUGAUAAAGUCUGACACAUGUUACCUGUUGAGCAAUAGGGGUGUACACAUUACCAUCAUACCAUCAGAUAUAAUAUGAAUUUCCUGUUUGAGGUUUUGGAUGGGUAUGACAGUGGUGUCUGCCGAAGAGAGCAUAGAUCAUAGUUUCAUCCCGACAGAGAAAUUGAUUGCCUUCUGUUUUACUUGAAGUCUUGUCAUAUGUAUUGAACCAUGUUUAGACAGGGUUGUGAAAAAUCGUCAGCACAGUGUUAUUGUUUUUUUCCCCCCCUUCAGCGUUUUUUCCACUUUCACGUUGAAAUGAACGACUAUGUUGACAACAGCGCACUAUCAACACUAAAGUAUCGGUCCACAUGAAUGUAUCUACUGUUAGCGUCUGUCUCACUCGAUGACAAGAGCGUCUUGUGUGUGUGUGUGUGUGUCUGUGUGUGUAUAAACUAGAGUGACCUCUAAACAUCUGGUAAUGAGUUGGAGAACAGCCUUAGAGGGCCUCCCCCCUGACCAGUCUCUUUAAUUAUAGCAGUCAUCGUGACGAGAACCUGGGAGAGAAAGAAAGAAGAAAGGAAAAGCUGGGCUGUGUGGGCUAUUUAGAGAAAAGAGGACAGGAGAGAUGGAGAGGAAAGGGUAAUUUUGAAAGCUUAAACCUUCACACAGGGAUGUACAGUGAUCUCCGGCUUGCCUCUGUGAUUUACAAGUCCCAGAUUUAAAGAUGGUAUCCUCUCUGAGGCUUUCCCCUGAGAGCUUUUGAGUGGCACUCCUAGGGGUGAAAACAUGUUGAAAUUGCUGCUAAAAUGUAAUGUUAAGACCUUCAAUCAGCCUCCCCCACCCCUCCUGUUGCUCUCCCACC